UGUUGCAGCAAGGGACGGGGUAAGAGACAGGAGAAGCCAAUGAACUCUUGCACCGGCCAAGAUGACUGAGCCCACAGCUGCCAACGAACAUGAGCAACACACCACCACAAUAGAAAUCACUGGAAAUGGGCAAAUCAAUGCAGCGUUCGAGAAUACAGAGGGUCCAGAUGGGGAUCCAUCGCCUCAGACUCCUCCUCCACCACCGAAUCAUAUUCAAAGACCUAUGACUCCCCCUCCGCAAGUACCGAGGCCUAAUACUCCACCACCACAGAUUCCAACAACACCCCAGCAUGAGACACCCCAUAUGAAUGGUGAAACGCCACAUAUGAACGGUGAUACAAAAACUAAUGGCGUUGAAGUAAAAACUCCCGGAUCUGAAGAUAAUAAAGAAGUCAAUGAAGCAGUCAAUUUAGAGCUAGUUAACAUGCAACCUUAUAGUAAUAGUAUACCAAUUAAAAAAGAAUCAACUGAAUUAGAUAUUGGAGAUCCAUACGAUGAGUAUUUUGUUCCUGUGAACCAGCAUAAAAAGUAUAUGAGGGGUGAAAAGCUAUACGUCACACAAGAUAAAAGGAGAAGUCUCGGAGGCAGCAAAAAAAAGUGUUGUUGGGGAAUCCUUACAGUUAUUGUUCUAGGUGGAAUCGUGGCCAUAUUGAUAGGAGUAAUUUUGUCAUCCCAGGACAGUGUGCCAGUAGAAGAAAGUAGGAAUUUCAAUGGAAUAAAGGCAAGCAUAGGUGGAGGACUAAUACCCACACCAUCUCCUUCAUCUACGCCAGCUCCCACUCGGCCAACAACGGAUAUGACAGAAAUAUACUUGGAUAAAGUAUUACAAGGAGAACUGACAAUUGAUAACUUGGAAUUUACCCCUGGACUCGCUGACCAAAACUCUUCGGAAUUCAGAAACUUAGCUGCAUCAUUAGAAGAGGAGUUGAAAUCUGCUUUAUUUGACCAUCAAACCUUACAUUAUGGCUCAGCUGAUAUUACUGUGAAAGUUCUGGAGUUCAGGUCUGGUAGUGUGAUAGUGGUAUACCGUGUUGGAUGGGAAUUCAAAGAUGGCGUUAAAAACCCACCAGACCCAAUUGACAAAGAUGGCCUAAAAACCAAAUUGCAAGAACAUUUAAGAUCACAUGAUGGCUUCUUGUAUAACUACAGGCUUACCCUCCAUAACCUGAAAUCUGAGCGUGUAACUGAUGCUUGCAAGAUUGAAAAUGGAGGAUGCAGUCAAAAUUGUAUGUUUGACAGAAGUAGUUUGCAGAUCACAUGUAAAUGUGAAGAUCCAUAUGUUCUACAUAGUGAUGGGAAAACAUGCGUCAAUCCAGAAAAAAGUGAAUCAGAUUCAUCUGAAGAAGCUUCAUUAAGUACUUCUGAACAGAAACAUGAACACGGAGGUGAACAUGAAGAUGGAGAGAAACCUGCACAAGGAGAUGAACAUCAUGAACAUGUACCUGGAAAUGGAGAUGAACAUCAUGAACAUGUACAUGGUCAUGGAGACGAACAUGAACAUAGUGGAAAACAUGAACAUAUUGGUAAACAUGAAAAUGAUGGGGAACAUGAUUGGGAACAUGAACAUGGUUGGGAACAUGGACAUGGAUAUGGAGUGGAUAAUGAAAGAUCUACAGAAGUUUAUAAGACUACUGAAGACCAGAAAAAUGAGAACAGUGAAACAGAUGAAGUUGAAUUACCUGUUGUAACUGAGCACAUUUCAGAACAUGAUUACCAUGUCGAAACUGAACUGCCACCAGAACAUGAAAAUUUUGGGAUAAAAGGCACUUCCAUUGAAACUUAUGUAACUCCUGUACCAGAACAUAAACAGGAUGAUAUCACAGGAGAAACUUCGAUGCCUUCAUCAGAACAAAACACCCAAUACAUGUAUGAAAAUACUAAUUAUCAACCUAUGGAGGAAUCUGAAUACAAAAAGACUUCAGAGACUAAUGGGGUUCAAGAAUCGAUGGUAGAAGCUAAUGAUUCUACAGAAGCAUUUUCAAGAAAGAGUACUGGCUUUGUUGAAGAACAAACUACUGAACCUAUCCCCAAAAUGAAAUCAACAGAUGCAUCAAUGAAUUUUGAAUCUUCAUCAGAAUCAAAAUUUUCAUCUGAAUUACCAACUUACCAGGGGCCAAUGAACUUUAGUGAAGCAUCAAUGGAAUCAGUACAUUCCACUCCAUUACAUCCCUAUGAGGAAAUGAGUAUUGAUAUAUCUCCUGAAACCACUCCUAUGCCACAUUUUAAUUUUGAAUCAGAGGAAAAUGCUGAUCAACAUCAUCAUUUAAAAGAAUCCACAGAAGUCCCAGUAGAAAAUACAAAUCCUGGUGAGCCUUCAUCAACCUCUCCUGCAACUUCAUCAGAAAGACUUGCAAAAUACAAUCAGUUUACCAUCGGAGGAUCAGAAGGAUCAUCUUAUGCACAAACCACUGAAAAAGAUUUGAUGCCAGAAACAACUGCAAUGCCUAAUGAAUCAAGAGGAGAACAAAAUACAAUACCUGAAUUAAACAUUUACCAAUCCUCAGAAAACUCAAAUUAUUUCCAUUCUUCUUCUGAACAUCCUAUUAGUUAUACUGAACUGCAUGAAGAUAUCCCAACUGGGAAAAUAUAUUCAGGCAAUAUUGAAAUGAAAUCAUCUGAAUUUAUUACUGGUCAGAAAAAUGAAAAUACAAUGACUACUUCGUCUUUAUCUUUCACUGAUACCAAGGAAGAAGAAUAUUCAACAGAAGUUGGUGUAACAACUAAAAAACCAUUCAACAUAUUAGAAACAGGAGACCAAUCAAGCAACAUUUCUAGUGAUCAUGGCUAUAUUAGUUCAACAGGUCCAGUAGAGGAUACAAAAAUCAAACAGGAAAUUACUACAAUGAUGCCUAUAAUUCAAAGUCAAGAAGACAAUCAAAACAACUCGAUGAUGACUGACUCCACGUCUGUUCUAAAUAGUUCACAAUCCCCAAAAAUAUCUUCACCUGAAAGUAAAACUACGUACCCAGCUGAUGAACUUACUACUCAGUCCUCACAAAAUAUUAACGAUAUGGGAUCUCAUAAAAAUACACUGAAUGAAGAAGAAAUGAUGCCAACAGAACGUACAAAUAAUGAUUCUGUUACCAGUUCAGAAAUCAAUCCAACCUCUGAAAAGCCGAAAAGCCAACCAAUGGACUUAAUGACCAUAGACGUUAUGACCACAACACCAAGCUCACUAGAAUCAGUGACUUUGAUGCCAGAUUCUUCAUCAUCACCAGAAUCAAUAGUUAUCCACCCACUAUAUACAAGCUUAAAUUCAAGCAACUCUAGCAAUGUUGUCACAAAUAAUGAACCUGGUAAAGAAUUAAAUCAGGGAACAACAGAAAUACCAAUGGAAAGUGAUGCUUUAAUUACCUCUGCAAUGAGUGAAACAGCAAAUAACAUGAAUCUAGAAACAGAGAAUAAUCAACCGACCUCAGAACCUGCAAAGAGCUCAGUAGAGCAAUCUGAUGGUGCUCCUACAGACGGAGAAUCCAAAAUAGCUUCUGUAGAAGACUCUGAUUCAACAGUUUCCACAUUUUUAGUUGGAGGUGAAAACAUGCCUCCAAUAGCAUUAACACCUAACCCAGAUCUUUCAGGUCCUUACUCUGUAGAUUCCACAAUUCAGCCUAUUCCAGAAGAAGAAGAAGAUAUAGAAGAUGUAAAACCAGUUAACCCUCACGAUUUUGGAGGUUCUACUGAAACUGAAGGACAUCAUCAAUGGUAUGAUUCGAAAAAUGCCCUCAAUAGUUUAGAUGAUGAUUACAAUGAAGAAGAAAAGUAUGCUAAUUACAAACUGGCAAAAGGCAAACCUGAGCAUGUUACAAAAGGAUAUAAAAAUAUAAAAAUAGAUGAAAAAAGUCGGCUUCCAGAGGAUAGUGAUGCUGUAGAACAGACUCACAGCCACCAAAUUGAGCAAGUUCCUACUACUACAAGUGAAAGAAGUAACACAGAGACAAAUGAAAGUUUAACAACUAUACCAUCACCUGAAGGCCCACCUUCCAAAAUUAAUGAUGAAGAAAAAUUAUUAAUUAAAGAAGUUUACACCGAAGCAACAAGUGCCACUACUGGACCAAACAAUGAAUCAGAAGGUUUAAUUGAAUCACAGCCACCAAUACAAGAUUUCAAUGAGAUGAGACCAGAUGGAUCUCAUGAAGUGUCAAUGGGUUCCAUAAAAUUGAUGGAUAAUCACAAUAUAGACAAUAAUGAUGGUUCAGUGCUAAAAGAAAUGAACAAUACUUCGACACAAAACAUGUCACAAACUGAUAUAGAUGAAAGAAAUAAUUAUUACGCUGUUACAGAAAAUAUAGAACCUGCUGAAGUCAAUCCAACAACUACUGGAAAUUUACAUUCGUUUGGUGGUUCAACAUUAGAAGAAACUGUUCCAAGGACAACAAUGCUCUAUGAAUCAGAUAGUCCAUCGAACAAUAAAACAGAGUGUGAUUCAGAACACUUUGCCUGCCGUGAUGGGAGCAAAUGCUUGAUGAAGCUUCAACAGUGUGAUAGCAUGCAAGAUUGUGCCGAUGGAUCGGAUGAAGAAGAAUGUGAAAAAUUGAAUUGUGUUGAAAACUUUAAGUGCAAUGAUGGCACAUGUCUCAGCAGACAUUUAGUAUGUAAUGGAAUUCAAAAUUGCCCAGAUGGAAAUGAUGAAGAAAAUUGUGAUUCUGAAAGGAAGAGUGAAAACAAGCUGUAUAUUACAGAACAACCAAAAGAAACUGAAACUAAAGCCACUGAGUCUCCUGUUGAGAAAAUGGAAUUAGGAUCUACUGAUUCAAUGAGACAUUCAUCUAGUGGCAAAACAGAUAUUCCUGCAAAUUUGAUGGAGGCAACAAACAUCGGAACAGAAGCUAAUUUCAUGAGUGAGGAAACCCAUGAAGCAGAAACUGCAUCCUUAAAACCAGUUAUUAGUGGCACAGAAUCUCCUAUAAGUUCUAUUGAACCGGUAAUGAAUGAGAAAACACCAGAUUCUAGGUCUAUGGAAUUUGUUGGAGGAGAAACAGUAACAUUAGGUGUUCCCAUGGAGACAAUGAUGAAUAGUAAAGUCCCAGAACAUACAGAGUCACCUCUAAGUUCUACAGAGGGUACUAUGGAUAAAGAAGCAGCAAUGAGUCCAAUGGAAUCAGAAAGUUUAAGGCCAGAUCCACUACAGAAGUUAACUGAUCCACACAUAAAAAUCAAUGAAACAUCUGUUCCUUCCAUUGAAACUGUCAGUAGCGAGGCACCAGAUCUAAGUUCCAUCAUGGAAUUAGACCCAAGUGACCAAGAAACAUCUUUAAGCCCCAUGGAGAGGGACAAAGAAACAUCUUUAAGUUCAACGGAAUUAGAAAAUAGUGGCACAGAACUUCCAGCAAUGUUGAUGGAGACAGAAAUGAGAUCUAAUGAAUCACCUGUUACUUCCAAGGAGCCUGAGAUGGACAACACAGAAAAACCUUUAAGCUCUAUGGACUCCAUUGUAGGAGGUAGAGAAGCUCUUUCUAAUUUCAUGGAGCCAGUAAAUAAUGUUACAGAAGCACCAGUGAAUUCUAUGGAGACUAAUAUGAGUCAUAAUGAAAUGCCUGUUACCACUAUGGUUCCAACAGUAAGAAACACAAAUGUGCCUUCUGAGGAUGCUAGUGACAAAAUUAUGACUACUCUAAUGCCUGCUGUGGAGGAGGUAUCACAAAGUUCGAGUGAAAUGAUUUCCAAUAUGGGAAGUGUGAUGAGCAGUACUGAGCUUUCAACUAAAUCACUAGGAAAUAUAGAAAGUAGUUCAGCCGAGCCUUCAACAGUCAACACUACACAACCUUCAUCAAACAAUUCAACUGAAAGUCAAGCUGAUGGUAGUUCAGAAAUUUCAUCUAGCCAAAUCACAGUUUCUAGCACUGAACCUUCUCCUACAAUAAUGGAAUCGUCAACUAGUCAUUCAGAAAAUUCUUCAAAAAUAACUGAAUCUGCAUCCCUGCCCACUGAUUACAUGUCAAGUUCAAAAGAGCCUGAAAUUAACUCCACUGAGCUUCCUUCUGACCUAAUGGAACAGUUUCCAAUUCAAACAGCUCUCAGUUAAGUUCAUCAAUUAUGAUAAAAAAAAUUAAAAUGAAGUAAUCAGCAGUCAUUCCACACCUAUGUCAUUCAACAUUUAAAGAAAGACUGCAUUAACUACUUGUGAAUAAUUGUGUAUUUAAUUUUGAUAUUAGUUGUUACCUUAAGUUUGUUUUCUGUACCAUAAUUAAUCUUUUUGUUGUAUUGUAUUGUUCAGUGCCUGACUAUUAUAAAUAUAAAUUUGUAUAUAUGUACGAAUGUGACGUGUGUUACCUUAAGUCAGGAGUUUGUUCCUAUGUGAAACAUUUUGCCUGCAUAAACUGAUCAGUUAUUAAAUGUUAAAUAAUAGUGAUGAAAGGAUGAGUAAAUAUUUGUAAAUAUGUGUGAUUGUGUAUGAGAAAGACUCAUUAUUAUUUGUGAUAGACUACGAUAGUGUAUAUUACAAUUAAUUGUAUUUAUAUAAAUAAUAUAGAUUCAAAAUUAUUUAUCAUCACAUAAAAAUUUAAAAUGUUAAUAUUUUGUUGUUUAUUAUUAUAUUUUUUUUUUGUUAAUUUUUCAUAGUUGAAACAAAAACAUAUUUCAUAAAGCAGACAUUAUGGUAAUUUUUUGUUAGGUAUUGUUAAUUUAGUAAAAAUAAUUUUUGAGACCUAUACAAGCAAUAUGUAUAAAAAAAUAUAUUUGUCAAAAAGAUGUUGAUUGUAUUAAGGAAAAGUUAAUUUCAUGUGUUUUAUCAGUCAUUGAUUUUGUCGUUCAGAUUGAAAUGUAUUGUAUUAGAGGCUGUCAUUAGAUGCUCAACUUAUUCGCUUAGUGUAAAUGAAAUUUAUUUUUCCAAUACAGAGAAUUGUAAAUUAUUUUCAACAAUGACUAUUUUUAUAAAAAUGUUUUGUAAAAUUAAAAAUUCCAUAUUUAGAUAUUCAAUAUACUGUUUUAGAAAUUGAGAUAUAGUUUUUAUUCUUAAAACUUUUUUUUUUCAUGGGUGAUAAAUAGGCAGGAUGCAG